AUGGCUUCUGACGGCCGCAAACAACCGCCGUGGACCCCCCCUCAACCCCGUCCCGAUGCUCAGCUGCCCCGUUUGAAGAUCUACAACAGCUUGACGAGAAACAAUGACGAUUUUGUCCCAGCUGACCCAACUGGAAAACUGGUAACGUGGUACGCGUGUGGGCCAACAGUUUACGAAGAUGCUCAUCUUGGUCAUGCCAAGAAUUAUGUCUCAACCGAUAUUAUCCGCCGCAUCAUGACAGACUACUUUGGCUUUCAUGUCAAGUUUGUCAUGAAUACAACUGAUAUUGAUGACAAGAUCAUCCUCGCCGCUCGCCAGCAGCACCUGCUGGCCCUCUUUGAGAAAGAACAUGCCGCUGAGGAUGGCUUGGUGAGCGACACAGUCUUGACUGUUGCCAAAGCAGCGCUUCGACAGUACAUCGCCAAGAACCUCCCAUCAUUGCCCUCUGAUACGGAUCUGGAUACAAUUUCCAAGGCUGUCGACAAAGUAUACGGAGAAAAGGUUGCUCCAACCGCCGUUGCCAAUCCCGCAGCUGCAAGGCAUAGUCAAGCUGUUACCGUCGACGAUCUACUUUUGAAGGCGCAUCUUGGGACGGCACAGUCAGCUAUCGAGGCUCUUCACAGCCCGCCCAAACUGCCCGAGUUUCUCGCCAAGACGAAUGAUAUCUUGCUCCCAUACCUCGAUGCUUUACAUGGUGCAGACGUUGACUCAAACAAUCACAAAAUAUAUCUCCAACGGACUCAGAAAUUCGAGCGCCGAUUCUUCGAGGACAUGGAUGCGCUCAAUGUCCUGCCGCCGCAUCAGCUCACUCGUGUGACUGAGUACGUCCCCCAGAUUGCCCAAUUUGUUGACAAGAUUGUGGCAAACGGCUUCGCUUAUGCAACGUCCGAUGGCUCUGUCUAUUUCGACAUUGACUCAUUCGAGAAGGCUGGGCAUAGCUACUCAAGAUUGGAGCCAUGGAAUAAGAACGAUCGCGCCCUUCAAGCUGAUGGCGAAGGUUCCCUGUCCAAGGGUGGAUCCAUGAAGCGAAGCCCGAAUGACUUUGCGCUGUGGAAAGCGAGCAAGCCGGGCGAACCAGCAUGGCCGAGUGUUUGGGGUCAUGGACGGCCGGGAUGGCAUAUUGAAUGCUCUGCAAUGGCUUCUGAUGUGCUUGGGAAGACGAUAGAUAUACAUUCCGGAGGAGUUGACCUUCGCUUUCCUCACCAUGACAAUGAGCUGGCACAAUCAGAAGCCUACUGGUCGACCCCUGGCUGCCAAGUGCAAUGGACAAACUACUUCAUCCACAUGGGACCACUGAGAAUUCGAGGUCUCAAGAUGAGUAAAAGCCUCAAGAACUACACCACCAUCCGAAGCGUUCUCUCUGAAAAGGAAUGGAGCGCACGAUCCCUCCGCAUUUGCUUUCUCCUUAUGCCUUGGCAAGACGCCAUUGAAGUGACCGAAGAGCUGAUGAAGGCCGUCUUCAGUUGGGAAGAUAAGCUCAACAACUUCUUUUUGAAGAGUUUGGACAUAUGGAAACAGUACAAUGCUCGACCCUCGACAAACCAAUCGCCUCGCGCCUCGGACCAACCUUUGCUAGAUGCACUGGAAAAGGCGAAAGCUAGCGUCGACGCAGCUCUGCUGGAUUCUUUCAAUACCUCAACUGUUAUGCGGGUCAUUGCGGAUCUCGUCACCGAGUUCAACUCGACGGAGGCAGUGUCAGACCAAACGAUUAUUCUGCUCGCCCAGUGGCUGACACGCAUGGUCACAAUAUUUGGCCUUGAUCGCGAAGGAGAUCUCAGUAUAAAAGACCGCGUAGGUUGGUCGGGUCUCGAGAUCCCUACGUCAGCAAAGCCGUACAUCUAUCCUGCGUCCCAAUUGCGCGACAAGGUUCGAACCUUGGCGCGUUCCGGCUCUGUGGAUUACACAGCUAUAGCCACACUUGCUGACGACGUUACACUCAUGGUGCCAGACUCGACGUCUGAAUCCUCCAAGCCAUACAACCAGGUGCUGCAGCAAUUUGGCUCUAGUAUUAAGGCUCUCGCACACCAGCAAGCCGCAGCAAAAGACCUUCUCGCGCUCUGCGACCAGCUGCGCGAUGUGCAUCUAUGGAAUUUAGGCAUAUAUCUUGAAGACCGCGCCUUGCAACCCGCUCUUGUUCGACCCCUGGAUAAGCUACUGGUAGAGGCACGGGCAGCGCAGGAAGAAGCUGCCGGUGCGAAGGCAGCAGCCAAACUGCAGCAGGAGGCCCGGGAGGCUGAGAAGGAACAGGAGUUGCACGAACGUGCCAAAAUUGAUCCCUCGUCGAUGUUCAGGACCUCGGGCGAAUACCUGGAGUGGGACGAAAGCGGUAUCCCGACCGUGGAUUCUACAGGGACUGUAAUCUCCAAAAAUAGACGUAAGAAAUUGGUCAAGGAUUGGGAGAAACAAAGUAAGUUACAUGAAGAAUGGCUCGCAAGGCAGUAG